AUGUUUCAGGAGCCGCUGCCAGCUCAUGUGCCAGUAGUAACAUAUGACUUGCUUGCAACAGAGACCAAAAUGGCAUCAUGUACUAGUUCACCUCAGGAUCGAAACGUUAAAACAAAUCCUUUGGGAAAUGUCAAAACUGAGCAUGGGAGUCACUGUGCAGCGCAGGGGAAUCCUGAAUUUAAGAUGGAAUUAUCUCCUUGUUACUUGCUCGCUGUAAGAAUAAUACGAAUGAGAAAUCUCCGUCGGGCAGAUACACUAAGCCAUUCUGAUUGCUACGUCAGCCUGUCGUUGCCAACAGCUACAUGUGAAAAGAUCCAGACCAAAACUGUCAAUGACUGCAGAAACCCAGUGUGGAAUGAAACAUUCUACUUCAGGAUCCAGAGUCAGAUCAAGAACGUGCUGGAGCUGAGUGUCUACGAUGAGGAUGUCGUUACCCAGGACGAUCACCUCUUCACUGUGUACUUCGAUGUAGCUAAACUUCCACUUGGAGAAAGAGUUCUCAUAUACUUUAAGACUGACCCAAAGGCACAGGAGGAACUAGAGGUAGAAUUUACCUUGGAGAGCAUUUCAGGCCCUCCUGAAGCCAUCGUAACUAAUGGAGCACUAGUGUCUCGUGCACUUUGCUGUUUGGAAGUUCAGGUGGAUGAGAAGAAGCAGCAUAAAUCAAGGAAAGACCUCUCCCUCACAGUGAAAGGUUCCUAUGAAGGAACACAGGAUCUUACACUGGGCCCUGAUGCUAUCAUUAGCCCUUCAUUUCCUACCAAGUUCCACUAUGUCAAGUAUAUGGAGCCAACACUGAAUGUUAUGCUACCGAAGAAGAAGAGUUACAAUGCUCGUACCUGUACCUACACUAUAAACACAGGCUCCCCAGUUGUGAUGCUGAAUUCGCUCCCCAUGGGAGAGAGAGUAACAGUAGCAGAGGAGAAAAGAUUUGAUUUGCAUGUGAAGGCAGAAGACUGUCAUUGUUCCUGUCCACAAGACCUAGAUGUGCGCUUAGGGUAUGACCUGUGUGCAGAGGAGAAGGAUUUUCUGUGCAAAAGAAAGAAGUAUGUUGCUGCUGCCCUGAAAAACAUUCUCCAUCUAGAAGAGGACCUGCAGGACCAUGAGAUUCCAGUGGUGGCAAUCAUGACAACAGGUGGUGGAAUGAGAUCAUUUACAACGACAUAUGGCAGUCUAUUGGGUCUCAAGAAAUUAAAUGUCUUAGACUGUGCAACAUACCUGAGUGGUUUGUCUGGCACAACAUGGACCAUGUCAAACUUGUAUAAAGAUGCUUAUUGGUCACAGAAGGAUCUAGAUGAGAAAAUCCAUGAAGCCCAGAAAUGUGCGACCAAAUGCAAGAUGAGUUGUUUCUCUAUGGAGCGCAUGAAAUAUUUUAACCAGCAGCUGUGUCAGCGUAAACAAGAGGGAUACAGGACAUCAUUUAUAGAUCUGUGGGGGCUGAUCAUUGAGUAUAUGCUGCAUGAUGGGAAAGAGAACCAGAAACUCUCAGACCAGCGGGAAGCGGUGAAAGAGGGUCAGAACCCGUUGCCCAUCUAUGUGGCAGUCAAUGUCCGGGACAAAUAUAGCACUCUAGAUUUCAAAGAAUGGGUUGAGUUCACUCCUUAUGAAGUGGGAUUCUUGAAAUAUGGAGCAUUUGUUCGCACGGAGGAUUUCGGAAGCGAGUUCUUUAUGGGACGGCUGUUAAGGAGGCUCCCCGAAACCCGGAUCUGUUACCUUCAUGGCAUGUGGAGCAGUGUAUUUUCUCUGAACCUGUUAUACAUCUGGAGUUUGUCCAACAGUUCAGAGGACUUCUGGCACAGGUGGACUCGAGACAGAAUAGUUGAUAUUGAGGAAGAGCCCAUGCUGCCUACUAGGCCACAUGAGGUGAAAACUCACUUGCUCACUCCUGAAGGCCCUUUUUCCAGUGCUCUUCGAGAUGCUUUAACAGAUCGCCUGUCGGUUGCUCAAUACCACAAUUUCCUCAAGGGCUUCCAGGUGCAUAAUGACUACCUGGAGAAUGAGAAGUUUUGUAGAUGGAAAGAUACUGUGUUAGACAUGUCUCCCAACCAGCUGAGCGAGCAAUCAGAUCUCCUUGGCAUGGUAGAUGCUGGAUUUUUCAUCAAUACCAGCUGCCCACCACUUUUAAGGCUAGAGAGGAAAGUGGACGUCAUCCUGCAUUUAAGUUACAGUGCAGGAUCGCAGACAUUGCCUCUGGACCAGGCCUGUAAAUACUAUGCAGAUCAGAAAAUCCCAUUCCCCAAAGUUUUCCUGAGUGAGGAAGAUAGGAAAGAUCUAAAGGAGUGUUACCUGUUUCAAGAUUCAGAAACCCCAGGAAGCCCCAUUGUGGUAUUUUUCCCACUUGUGAAUGACACCUUCCGAUAUUAUACAGCACCUGGUGUGACACGCUGCUGCUCAGAGAUGGAGGGGGGCAAAGCUGAUGUUACGAGUUGCUCUUCCCCAUAUAAUACAUUCUCAGUAACAUACACUGAUGAGAAUUACCACCAGCUGGUAAAUCUAAGUGAAUACAACAUCCUGAAUAACGCACACCUGAUUCUGCAGGCCUUGCGUACAGCAGUGGAACGGAAAAGGCAACAGAAGAAGUAGACACCAUCCCAAAUGCCUAUAUCUUCAGGGUUGAGAUUUGUGUAUUUCCCAGCACAUGGAAGGACCAAAGCUUGCUGAUGAUUGACCUUUACACACCACAGAAGCUGCUUAGCUUGGAUACCUCAGUGGAUUCUCUUUCAUCUCUGUGAAGUGGCUGACUUAGAUAACCAAAAUUCACCAUCUGUGAAGACUUUAUACAUACUUUGUUCCCUAAUUAAUUUAAUUACAACAAAGCUGUUUGUAGACUACUUUAAAAUUAUUCCAGAACUCUAAUAAUGAAGUUUAAGUAAUGCUAAGCUAAUACAGUAUAAUUUAUGGCAUAUAGGAAAUAUAUUUUAAAUCCUUUUAAAAUGUAAAAGUAAACCAAGACAACAUAGGUGCAAUUGUAAUGCCGACAGACUCUGGUUGUCGGCAGGUGGGAUUGAAUCAGGGACCUCUGGAGUUUAGUGCAUGAGCUUCUACCACAUGAGCUAAAACCCAACUGGCUGUUAGCUAAGGCUGUAGAGCAGACUCAUCAACUGCUCUCUCUUUAAGUGGUCUCAGUGCCACUAGAUGGGACAGAACACCACACCAGAAGGCGUGUGGGUUACACAAUCACUGAGGGGAUUGGGAUGGGUUGAAUGAAUGGUUUCUGCCAUACAACUUUCCUUCCUUUAGUGCAGUCCACACCAAACUUUCUUGUGCCAGUGAGGAAAACAUGAGACGCUCCUUUUCUUCCUUCCCUCCCACUGUUGCUAGUCUCUGUAAUAGCCCCCAAUUAAACCAUUCUUUUACCUUCCCUGCUGUAGCUCCUGUGGUUGGUCUGGUCAUACGGAUACAGCUUCACACAUAACCUGCAGCAGAGAUAGAUGUGUCAGCCGCUGCAGGGCUUAUUCCUCCUGCCUUCAGGGGGUGAUGUAGGAAGGCUGCAUAAAGAUACCCCUUCUUUCCCACCAGUUAUGUUCCCAAUUCUGAGGUAACACUGAACCCAGGAGGGGGCACCAGAAAGCACUUAAGCAGGAGCCAUGCACUCAGGAGUGGUGCAUAUACUGCAUAAGGCAAAGUAUCCACACCAUGCAGCUGGCAUUUGAGCCCCAAACUACUUUCAGUUUAGCAAUUAUCUUGAAGGUCUGUGUCAAAGUAUCUGGAAACACAGCAAGGACAAAUGCCCCGCACAGUAAUACAA